AUGCGUCACCCCAAUGACUCCGGCAGGACAAUCAGGCAUGAAGGGGCUGCUAUUCAAGCGAACUCGCCACUAGCAGCAGUACCGCAGUCAGAAGCAGCGUCACCGACCACCGUCUCUUCCCACCCCGUCAGCUCUUCUCCCAGCGAUGCACGAGCAACGCCCCCCACCUUUCCCCAUUCACCUGCACAGAACACCUCUCUCGCCGCUGCUGCUGCCGCCGCUGGCGACGCCGCGGCGGGUGCUGCAGACGCGGCUCCGUCUGCUGUCGCCGCCGCUGGAGCAGGUGAUGACGUGCACGUGCGUAAGAGCGCGGAAGCGGAUACGGCGCGAGAAGGAGCAGGUGGGCAGGAGGGAGUGGCGGUAGCCGGCGGUGCUGGUGGAAGCGAGGCGAAGCAGUCGAGCGCAGGGUCAGGGCCGACAGCGACGGGCGCGGACGAGACGCAAGAGCGUGGCUCGGUGGCGGGGAGGGCGGAGAGCAAGGAGGCAGGCGACGGUGAGAAAGGAGAAGAGCGGAGUAGCGAAGGGAAGGACGGGACUGGGAACGCGCAGCAGGGAGCGGGUGCGGAGCAGGGAGCGGGUGCGGAGCAGGGAGCGGGUGUGGAGCAGGGAGGGCACGUGCAACAGGGAGUGGGCUUAGAGAAGUCACCUAGUGGGGACGGUGCACCUGGCGCAGCGGCCAUGGCGCCUACUGCAACCGACUCCCCGGCCAACAAUUUGAACGGCCACAACCCUACCAACAGCAUUCGUGCCAAUGGCAUUCGCUCCAACAGGACCGAGGGCCCCACGGCUGAGAACAAGGCCGACAAGGCGGAGGCGGACGAAGAGGGCGACGACGACCCUAACUGCCACCACGUGCGCACCCUGCUCACUCCUGCGGAGCAGUGCGCAUACGUCUCCACGCACCCGCCCUGCCAGCUGGGCUCCUGGGUGCACUACCUCUCGCUCUACUACUGCCGCUCGCUCUCCCUCACGCGCGGGAUCGCAGCGGCGGGCAUGGCGGUGUGGCUGGGGGCGCUGUUCUUCAUGCUGGGCAACACCGCUGCGGACUUCUUCUGCCCGUCGCUGGAGCAGCUCUCGCACCUGCUGCGCCUGCCGCCCACUGUCGCUGGCGUCACGCUGCUGCCUCUUGGCAACGGCGCACCGGACGUGUUUGCCAGCAUAGCGGCAUUCGUGGGCACGGGGCAGGGGCAGGUGGGGCUGAACAGCGUGCUGGGCGCCGCCACCUUCGUGUCCUGCGUCGUGGCGGGCGCUGUCUGCAUCGUCGCUGCCGUGGCUGCUGCUGCCCGAGCCAGGGCUGCAGGCUCGGCAGGGGCGAAGAGGCUCGUGGACGCCACCGUGGUGGACGGCCCCUCGUUCAUCCGAGACGUCUGCUUCUUCAUCGCUGCUCUCCUUCCCGCCAACCUGCAGCAGCCACUGCUGCCUGUCGACCAGUGGGAGUCGGGCGCAGGAACGCGCAGGGGAGCAGGGGACGGGGCGAAGGGGGGAAGGCUUGGCGGAGACGAAGAGGAGGAGAUGGAGGGGGGGGAUGGGCAGGGAGGAGAGGGCGGGGAAGGCGGUGAGGGUUCAGCGCAUGCGCAUGCAUUACCGCAGUGGAUGUGGACGAGAGAUGUUCGCAUCUUCCAGUUGGAGCCACAGCAUGGAGCGGGGCAUGGGGUGGCAGGCCGUGCUGCGUUCAUGGAGAUGGAGGAGGGCGCGGAUGGUGAUGCUGCUGGGGGGGUGCGGCCGCUGUGGGGAUGGGGCUCGGAUGAUGAAGAGGAGGAGGAAGAAGAGGAAGAUGAGGAGGAUGUUCUGCAUUCGGUUAGUCUGUUUCCUUCUCCAUUCUCCUCGUGGGUUCUCUAUUGUUGGGAGCCCCCAUCAGCACCUGUCCUCUCAGCUCAGGGCAUCGCCUACUGGUUCUUCUGCCUGCCCGCCAUGCUCCCGCGCCUCCUCACCAUCCCCCUCCUCCCUCGCGACUCACGCAGCCGAGUCCUCUCCCUCCUUUCCCUCGCCCUCUCCCCUCUCUUCUUCCUCCUCGUACUCCAAGGCUCGUUCCUCUCCCCUCUGCCGCUCUCUCUAGCUGCUGCCUCGGGCGCUUUCCUCUCCCUGCUCGGCCUCCUCGCUUCCUCAGGCCCUUCUGGUGCAAAGCACUUAUCAGCAGCAGUUCUCGGGCCAGCAUCGCACCACCACCACACCCAUCACCACCGCUCUGCAUCCCUCCCCAUCCCACCGCGUGUGCUGGGGCUACUGUGGGUGGUGCCGGGGUUUGUAAUGAGUGUAGUGUGGUUCUACGUGGUGGCAAACGAGCUGGUGGCGCUGCUGGUGUCAGCUGCUAUUGUGCUGCGAGUCAGCUCGUCUGUGCUCGGACUCACUCUGCUCGCAUGGGGCAAUUCUAUCGGAGACUUUGUCGCUAAUCUCGCUCUGGCGUAUGGCGGAGGGGCGAUCGGGGGGAGUGAAGGCGGGAUUCGAGGGCGGAGUGAGCGGGCGGCAGAGAGAGUGCAGAUUGCCUGGUCUGGCUGUUACGCGGGGCCCAUUUUUAAUACGCUGGUGGGGAUCGGCAUGUCCCUGGUUCUCACCUCCUGGCAUUCCUAUCCCCAUGCGUUCGUUAUCCCUGAAGACCCCACGCUGCCGUAUACGUUUGUCUUCCUCCUUUCCGAAUCCCCCUCGCGUCGCUUAGCCGUCGCCACCAUGCCGCCCAAAAUGGAUCCCACGGCCAUUGUGGACGUGUUCGUCCGCGUGACGGGCGGCGAGGUCGGCGCGGCCUCGUCGCUGGCGCCUAAGAUCGGUCCGCUGGGUCUGUCGCCAAAGAAGAUAGGAGAAGAUAUCGCCAAGGAGACGGCCAAGGAGUGGAAGGGGCUGCGCGUUACCGUCAAGCUGACCGUGCAGAACCGACAGGCUAAGGUGUCCGUCGUUCCUAGCGCCGCGGCUCUGGUCAUUAAGGCUCUUAAGGAGCCGGAGCGCGACCGGAAGAAGACGAAGAACAUCAAGCACAACGGUAACAUCUCCAUGGAUGACGUCAUCGAGGUCGCGCGCGUGAUGCGGCCACGAUCGAUCGCGAAGGAGCUUACCGGCACGGUGAAGGAGAUUCUUGGGACGUGCGUGUCGGUGGGAUGCACUGUGGACGGCAAGAGCCCUAAGGACGUGCAGCAAGAGAUCGACGACGGCGAGAUCGAGAUUCCCGCCAACUAG